GAGGCGGGACUGGGCGGGUCAGGGCGCAGCGGCUGACGGCGGGGGAGGAGCCGGGGCCACUGCCGGGUGGAGGGGCAAGGCGAGUGUCCUUAUCCUAGCGAUCGGGGCCCGAGCCUGGGAGCCAGUCGGAGUCGCGGCAGCGUGAACGAUCGGGCCGAGCGGAAGCAGACAUGUUGCUCUUCGUUGAGCAGGUGACAUCUAAAGGCACUGGUUUAAAUCCUAAUGCCAAAGUAUGGCAAGAAAUUCCUUCUGGAAAUCCGGAUGGCACUCCUGUAACUGAAACCUCUUGGCAUGAAACUGCAGCCACAUCUGGAUCUCACCCUGAGGCCAAUACAGAACUCUCAGAAGAUAUGUGUAAGGAAUAUGAAGUAAUGUAUUCUCCAUCUUGUGAGACCACAAGAAACACUGCAGACACUGAAGAGUCAGCUGAUGGAAUGGUCUUAGGUCCUGAAGACUUGAGUUACCAACUAUACGAUGUCUCUGGAGAAAGCAGUUCAACAAUUUCUACAGAAGAUUUAAAAGAAUGCCUGAAAAAACAGCUGGAAUUCUGUUUCUCACGAGAAAAUUUAUCAAAGGACCUUUACUUGAUAUCUCAAAUGGAUAGUGAUCAGUUUGUCCCAAUAUGGACAGUCGCCAACAUGGAAGAAAUAAAAAAAUUGACUACAAAUACAGAUUUAAUUCUUGAAGUAUUGAGAUCUUCCCCCAUGGUACAAGUUGAUGACAAGGGAGAAAAAGUGAGACCAAGCCAUAAGCGUUGUAUUGUGAUUCUCAGAGAAAUUCCUGAGACAACACCUGUAGAGGAAGUGAAAGCUUUGUUUAAAAAUGAAAACUGCCCCAAAGUGAUAAGCUGUGAGUUUGCACACAACAGCAACUGGUACAUCACUUUCCAGUCAGACACAGAUGCACAGCAGGCUUUUAAAUACUUAAGAGAAGAAGUUAAAACAUUUCAGGGCAAGCCAAUCAUGGCAAGGAUAAAAGCCAUCAAUACAUUUUUUGCUAAGAAUGGUUAUCGAUUAAUGGAUUCUAGUAUGUAUACUCAACCUAUUCAGACUCCAACCCAAUAUCCCUCCCCAGUCUUCAUGCAGCCAGUGUAUAGCCCUCAUCAGCAGUACUCAGUGUAUAGCAUUGUGCCUCAGUCUUGGUCUCCAAGUCCUGCACCUUACUUUGAAACACCACUGGCUCCCUUUCCCAAUGGUAGUUUUGUGAAUGGCUUUAGUUCACCAGGAUCUUAUAAAACAAAUGCUGCUGCUAUGAAUAUGGGCCGACCAUUCCAAAAAAAUCGUGUGAAGCCUCAUUUUCGGUCAUCCAGUGGUUCAGAGCACUCAACAGAAGGCUCUGUGUCAUUGGGGGAUGGACCAUUGAGUAGAUCUAGUUCAAGGAUCUUUCUUUCUGAACGGCAUAACACAGCAGUAACGGGGCAUCAGGAACAGUCUUAUCUUCCAAAGGAGGCUCCCAUUUUACAGGUGGAACAGAAUGGGGACUUUGGGAGAGGCAGGAGAACUCUAUUUAGAGGCCGAAGACGAAGAGAUGAUGACAGGAUCCCAAGACCCCAGCCUGCACCAACUGAAGCAAAGGCUCCAACACCAAAGUUUGACUUACUUGCUACAAAUUUUCCUCCUUUACCUGGAAGUUCAUCAAGAACGCCAGAUGAACUUGCUUUGGAGAAUAGAAUGUCUGAUGUCGUUAAAGGUGUCUACAAAGAAAAGGACAGUGAGGACGUGAGAGUUAGUUGCCCAGUGCCUGCAGAGGAUGGACAGACAGACUGCACUUCUGCACCGCAGCUCAGCCUAAGUCCUAGUCCUCCGUGUACAGCUGAGCCUCCUGUGUUAAGCACAACUCAGCAAGAGAAGGAUCAAAUGGAGGAUUCUGUUGUUCCAAAGGACAUUCUCAAUCCAGUGACUGUACCAGUGUCUUCUCCAACUACUGCAAAGCCAUCAAGGGCAAACACUGCUUCACCUUGCAAUAGUAACGUAAAUACACCUAUAACCGUGGCCCUACAGGAACCUCGAAAGUUAAGCUAUGCUGAAGUGUGCCAGAAACCUCCUAAAGAGCCAUCUCCAGCUCUUGUCCAGCCACUGCGGGAACUUCGGUCCAACGUAGUAUCUCCCACCAGAAAUGAAGAGAACGGAGCUCCUGAAAAGCCUGCUGAGAAGCCACACGAGAAACCGGAACCAAGGGCUAGUAAGGAUCAUUCUGGCUUCCGCGGCAACACCAUUCCCAGGGGAGCAGCUGGAAAAAUCAGGGAGCAGAGACGCCAGUUCAGCCAGAGGGCUGCACCUCAGGGAGCGACUCGACGUAAUGGGAAAGAGCAAUAUGUGCCACCCAGAUCACCAAAGUAAAAACAGAACCAUUCAAAAGCUACUCAGAAGCUUCUCUUCCCACUAACCCUGAGCCUCUGUUGAACUGCUCUGGAGGGGAGGAAGUAGCCAGGAAAGAAUGGGAAGUUUGCCCAAAAUACUAUGGAUUGUGGAAUUGUGAGUAGGAAGAG